CGUGAAUCUUAGCGGCACAAACCUAAAGCCCCAAAACAUCACAGUUCUUAACCUCGAUGAUUAUCUGGCCUCUAAAAGUGCUUCAUCUGGAUUCGAUCCGACACUAAGUCUUUCUUAUGACGUUCUAAUUCCCUAUCUUGACUCUGGUCUUAAAAGGUCAGGCGCUGUUGGUGAUCUUUACAUACAUGAUAUUCCAAGGGACUUCCAUCAAACCCUAUCUACACCGGGCCAGCAAUCGGUGAAGCAGCGCAUAGCUCGAUUCGAACAGGCAAUAGCGCUUAAUUCAUCUACUGCCAAAGCAUCAUCCAAUCCCUCUAUAACCUAUGAGAGGAUACAUUUACUUGACGCCAAAGACCAAUCAAUUAAAGGCCGUUCUUUAUUCCUGAAGAGUUUCCCUCAACUCAUCCAAGGCCCAUAUUAUAACCCAGUGCGCCGCUCACAGUCCAUUGCCAAAAACCAAUAA